AUGAUCUCCGACACACAGCUACGCCGAAUAGAAUCCACACAGAACUGGAUUCUAAGGAAGAUAGUGAAGGCCUCCUGGUGGAUCAGGAAUAAAGACAUACGUGAUACUUACGACAUAGGCACACAACUAGUGCAGCAAUCGCAAGAACAACAACAGCUGCCAACUCUGCUUCGCAUGGAGCUUGAAGAAGAAGAAGCAAACUCGCUCAGAAUGCAACAGCAGCAGCAACAGCAGACUCCACAACAACAGCCAGCCAGAUUUAGCGAAAUGAGGAUAAAUUCUCUAAGAAGACACUACAGAGAGGGACGAAUGUCGCUAGAUGAGCUAAAACUCGCUAUUAGGGAACAGCCAUUGCAAGCCAAUUUGCAACAGCAACGGCUAACAGAGGACGAGCAGCAGCUUGAGCAGCGACUUGAAAGACUCAGGCAGCAACUUGAGCAUGCUCCUCGGCAACAAAGUCAGCUCACAACCACACAACAGCUCCACCAGCAGCACUCGAACCUUCACCAGCAGCUCCUACAGCAACAGCGGGAGGUAGUGGAGGCGCCCAGCAGCAACAACGCACAGUCAACAGUCAGGCUCCUGACAACCAGCAACAGCGGCAACUCCACACUCUACUCGGCAAAAGGCACUUUGUGGGACCAGCUCAACACAACUGCUGGCCUCCAAAGCGCCAGAAGCUCGUGCAACAGCAGCAACAACGUCAAGCAUGCCUUCGCAGAACACGGCUGG